AAGAGAGUAUCACUCUCAAUAUUUUCGAAGAAGAUUAUUUGAGUGAACAAAGAAUAUGAAUUGUGUGUGCUGGCUGAUAAUAUUCUUUGUUCUAUUCUUGUCUUUGUACCAUCUGGUAGGAGUAGAGUCUGAUAGAGAUGACGAUCAACAAUUUUGUACAAUCAAAUCGAAGAGUGGCUUGAUUCGUGGCAAGUUUAAUCGAACUUUAUUUGACGAGAAACCAUAUUAUUCGUUUCGCGGAAUACCAUUCGCAAAGCCACCAAUCAACGAACGUAGAUUCAAAGCACCCGAAAAAAUCCAACCAUGGAAUGGCACAUUAGAUGCAUUUGAAUUCGGCAAUGAUUGCAUUCAACCGGAUUCAGAAAAGCAAACAUUCUUUGGAUCAGAGGAUUGUUUGUAUUUAAAUGUGUUUGUGCCCAGCGAUUGUUCAGCAAUAAAUACAACUAGCAAAUUGCCUGUAAUGUUCUAUAUUUUUGGUGGAAAGUUUUCCUUCGGGACAGCUCGUUUUUAUGGUCCUGACUUUUUAAUCGAAACCAAUGUGAUUGUUGUAACUUUCAAUUAUAGAGUAGGUCCACAUGGGUUUUUAUCGUUGGGUUUGCCCGAAUAUUCAGGCAAUAUGGCACUAAAAGACCAGUCGCUUGCUCUGAAAUGGAUCAGUGCGAAUAUUGAACAUUUUGGAGGCGAUAAGAAUAAUAUUGUGCUUUUUGGCCAUAGCUCAGGGGCUUCUUCAGUAAAUUUACAUAUGAUUUCACCGCAAACGAACAAUCUGUUUCAAAGGGCAAUCAUGAUGAGUGGCUCAGCAUUGAAUCCAUUUUUGCCAAGACAUCAAGACCAUUCAUCUAUUUUGCAUCAUUUGGCUGAAAACUUGCACUACCCCGUCACGAAUAAACGAGAUUUGAUUAAAUUUUUGAAUCAAAUUGAUGGUAAAUUGUUAUCGAAGAUGACCUUUCAAAAUGACCAUGUACCCGGCUUCGGACGAAAGACUUUCAAUCGCAUUUGGACUGUGUGUAUCGAAGACUAUAAUGCAACUGAACCAUUUAUAACACAGACGCCAUUUGAUAUUUUAACGAAUCAUAGCUAUGAAAGCAACAUUGACACAUUAUACAGUAGUUCACCAAAGGAAUUUGUGCUCUCGCAUGAACAAAAGCAGCCCGAGCUUUUGAAAAAUUUCAAUAAUAUCUUCGAAAUCGGAUUUCCAUUAGAAAUGGCACAACUGGAUUUUGACUCCGAGGUCUAUAAGAAUAUUUCGCGGCAAAUUCGUUACUUUUACUUCAAUGAAAAGCAUGUAAAUGCUGAGACUUUGAAUGGAUUCAAUACGUUGAUUACCGAUAUCAAUUUCUUGUAUGGGAUCUAUUUGAGCGCUCGCAUACAGGCAUCAAAAUCGAACGGGCGCACAUUUUUUAGCAAAUUUUCUGUUGAAAAUGAAUGGAAUUUCAGCUGGAGAAAAGCUGAACGUAGCAAUUUUACAGCAGACUAUGCAGCUCACGUCGAUCAACUGUAUUAUGUUUUUCGAUUUUCUGCUUAUCCAGAUAUAUUUCCAGACGAAGCGUAUCAAACACUAAAAGAAAACUCGUUUCCGUGGCAAAUAAUCAAAAACAUCACGAAUUUCUACGCGAAUUUCGCGAAAUUCAAGAAUCCAGUUCCAGAAAAAGACCCACUUCAAUUAAUAUCACCAGAAUCUGAUCAGUGGCAUUAUUUCAGUGUAACAAACGAAGGUAUUCAUCCGAGAGCCAAUCCUGAACGGCAUCGAAUCACAUUUUGGGAUAAUAUUUUCGAUCAAAAUAAACAACAAUGGAACACUACAUUUAAUUUUCAUUUAGCUUGA